AGAGGAGAUGAGAGACCCCCGAUUUUUGCAGGUUAUGAGCGUCUUAUUGGGUAUCGACAUGAACUUCGGGCAACCUCCUGAGGGUGCUGGCCCUUCUGGUGCUACAGAGCCCUCUGAAGAUGUGCCAAUUCUACAAGAAGAAGCAGUUUGAUGAAGCCAUUGAGCACUACACCAAGGCGUGGGAACUGAACAAGGACGUGACAUACCUCAACAACAUCGGUGCAGCCAAGUUUGAGAAGGGUGAUCUUCAGGGUGCCAUUGACACUUGUCGAGAUGCUAUCGAAGAAGGCCGUGAGCACCGGGCGGACUUUAAGCUCAUUGCCAAGGCUUUCACAAGAAUCGGUACUGCUUACGAGAAGCAAGGAGACCUUGACAAGGCCAUCGACAACUACAACAAGUCACUUACCGAACACCGAACACCCGACGCUCUUACCAAGCUACGUAACGCUGAGAAGGCUAGAGACAAGGCUAAGAAGGAGGCAUACAUUGACCCCGAGGAGGCUGAGAAGUCCCGUGAGCUAGGUCAAAAGAAGUUCCAGGAGGCAGACUGGCCCGGUGCUGUUGACGCCUUUACCGAAAUGACAAAACGCGCUCCCGACGACCCCCGUGGUUUCAGCAACCGUGCGGCCGCCCUUAUCAAGCUCAUGGCCUUCCCCGGAGCCGUCCAGGACUGCGACGAGGCCAUUGCCCGUGACCCCAAGUUCUUCCGUGCUUACAUCCGCAAGUCACAGGCCCUUGUCGCCAUGAAGGAGUAUAGCCGGGCCAUUGAUACAUGCAGCGAUGCGUUGCAGCACGACGACGGAAGUCAUACUCGCGAAAUCGAGCAACAACAGCAGAAAGUUCUUGAUGCGCAAUUCAGCGCUCGCUCUGGGGAAACCGAGCAGGAGACCAUGGAGCGCAUCCAGCGAGACCCAGAGAUCAUGUCUAUCCUCCAAGACCCAGUCAUGCAGAGCAUCCUGCAGCAGGCCAAGGGUGACCCCGCUGCCCUGCAAGAGCACAUGAAGAACUCACAGGUCCGGCUCCAAAUCCAGAAGCUGAUGGCUGCUGGGGUCAUCCGCCUUGGACGGUAAAUGCUAUAUUCCACUCACGUACAUUCGAAAUGACAAUGCAUAUGAUGUUCUAUACUUAACGAAUGCGACUUAAUAUGAUGUUAUCUUCAUGGAUAUACCUCAAGAUAGCAAAAUUAAAAAUUUCUGAUGCUCGAUGAAAAAUAGCUCCCACGUAAUCC